AUGCAUGUUGAGGACGCUCCGCUGCCGGUGGAGCUGCCAGAGGAUCACGUGGAGGUGCGCGUCUCCCACUGUGGCCUCAACUUCACCGACAACUACCUGCGCCUGGGCAUCAUCCUCAACCUGGACUUUCACGUUCUCAUGGGCAGCGAGUCUUCCGGGACCGUCACACGCGUCGGAAGACGGGUCAACGACGUCCAGAAAGGCGGAUGUAUCUGCAGUCUAGGAUUCGUCUACAUAUCAUGGCUUGCGGAAUCUGAAGGCAGAGACGACGACGACGACGACGACGACGACGACGACGACGACGACUGGGUCGGUCGUAGAUAUGUUGUGCGUGGCGUUGGUACAGCUGUAAUUCAGCUUGCACGAACAGUUCCCCAAGUCACAAUUUUGGGGACGGCGUCAUUUUCGAAACAUGUCAAUCUGAGAUAUCUUGGCGUGAAGCGUGUAUUUCGCCACGAACAAGAUUAUGUAAGCAACAUUAUGGAAGCGUACCCAGAUGGAGUAGACCUAGUGAUAAACAGCGCCGGUGGAGCAGAUAUUACGAAGUGUUUAAGUCUGCUUAAACCGUGUGGAAGGUUGGUUACCAUUGGUACAAAUAGCUCAGCGAAGUACCCGAAAACUACCUUAUGGGGACUAAGAUCAACGUGGAAUACGAAACGAAUACCAUCUGCAGACAUAAUCGGCAGGAAUCACGCAAUAUCAGGGCUAAACGUUGGUCACUAUCUCGAAAACAACCAGAAGAAAGUGCGCUCCAUACUCGACCACGUCUUCCAGCUGCGGGCCGAGCGCACCAUAAGACCUCGUAUUCACUCCGUUUUAGAUUUCGAAAGGGUUGGUGAGGCGCUGGCGCAGCUGUGGAGGAGGGAGAACUUGGGGAAGGUGCUGCUCGUCGUUCAGCAGGACUCUCCCGAACUGAGAGUGCGAGGAGGAGACGCGCUUGCAAGCGUCGCUGGGGCGGGCCGGGGCGUCGCCACGCGGUGA